AUGUUGGAAAAAAUGCUAAAAUUUUAAGUAGUCACAAAAGAAGAAAAAAUGAAUAGUUUACAACCAUUAUUACCAAAAAUUCAAAUUAACAUAUCUGACAAAUAACAUAAUUAUACAGAGACUAUUGAUACUAUAGGAAAUCGAUAAUGUGGAAGUUAUCGUAAUUAUAGUUAGAAAAGAAAUUAGAUAAAAUCUUUUAGAAGAUCUAAAGUUGUAGGCUAUUCACAAAUGAUUGAUAAUUAUAAAAAUGCUAGUCGAUAAUCUUAAGAGAAUCCAUUUUCAGAAGAAUUAUUAAUAAAGCAAUUAAAAAAUAAUAGAAAUUAAGAAUAAUUUACUGAGAGAUAAUACACAGUAAUGAUGGAUUACCAAUAAAAUAAGUAUCACACUAUAGAAGCUACAAUUAAGAAUAUAAGAUAUAAGUCGUAGCCUAAAAAAUUAGAAUGUAAUGAAAUGGACAUGAAAAUUACUCCUUAUAUACAUUAAAAUAAAAGAUUUUAAUGUAUUGAUUAUUACUACAUCAUUUGA